AUGCGAGAGAAGAAGCUCAGCACUGUGCCCCCCUGUAUAAGAGAAAAUGAGUUCGAAGAAUAUUUAGCAACCGAUGAUAUACUUGUAGACUUCUUCAAUGAAUUUUUGAGUCUUCCAACCUUUACAGAGCCAAUUAAAUUUAAUUCUGAUUUUGGCAUUUUUGAAGUUGCGACUGAUACCACAGAAUGUAUGGAAAAUCAGUUGAAAAAGAUGCUUCACAAACAAAAACCCCGGAACCCCAUUUAUGAUGUGACGAGGCAAGCGAAGCCAGAAAGUUCCAUUUCUAAAGACCUCAGCCCUCUUCCUCUUCCCCCUCUUUUAGGUUUUGACCCGAAUUAUGCAGCGAUGUGUCUGGACCGAGAGCAGGCCAUUGAGUGGAUUAAAAAGGAAAGAUUGCCAGCAUUUUUAGAGAGCGAUUGUUACUUUGAAUACAGGUUAGCUAAACUAAUAUCGCAGGUGGAGUGGAGCAAAACUGGUGUCAAUUUUGUUAUAGAUAAAAAAUAUUACCCUUGGUUCAGAAAAAGCCCACCACCUCCAGAUAUCCUGGAAGAAAAUGAAGAUGAUUUGAUUAUGAAAAAGUUCUACGUCUCUCUUGGCCAGGCUACUGUCACCCAGACACAGGAUUGGUUUACUCUAGCCAAGCAAAGUGAGCACAUGAUCACUACAGAUUCUAUUACACGUCCCCUGACAUCUUCCCAUGUUCAUUUUUCUAUCACAUCUUCAAAGUCAUCUUCAUAUCAAGAUUUCAGUUCUCAACAAGAGACGCUUAGUGUUUCUUCUACCAUUCUCAAUGCAAUUGUCUACAACAGUCGUUUACGACCAGAUUCCAAGAUUAAGAAGAAGCAUGGUCAAACUGGUAUUCCACUUCUUCAGAAGUUAGCAGCCAGAAGAAGCGUAGAUGAGGGCUAUUCUGUGUCAUUUCCUGAUACUCCUUCACGAACCAUGUUAAGAGCCUAUUUAGGGCCUGACUGGGAAGCUGCUUCUCAGGAAGGAAAGAGUGAAUACUUGGACCAAGGUCAAGAACUUGCAUCUUUUCAGACAGUAGAUGAGUUUUCAUUAGCCUAUGCUCAGUAUAUACUAAGAAACUCCAUUGCAAUACUCAGUGGACAUCCACCUGAACCCAACCCAACUGGCGUCAACUUCAGUAGAGUAUCAAGAGUGUUUAUAUUUGAGAUAGCUGAUAAUCCACCUUUCAUGGAGCCCCUCCUACAAGACCGUCCAUUCCUCGAAGAUGAUACAGUGGACAGGGGGAGUGAAAUUAGUACAAAAUCGGAGAAAGAUAAUACUGAGAGCAGGGCUGCCUGGUGUGUUAGCCACAAGACUUAUGACAUUGGUAGCAGGCAUGAAUUUGAAAGGUUCAAGAAAUUCAUCCGAGGAACUUUGGGAGAAAGAUACUGGUGGCUCUGGAUGGAUAUUGAAAGACUGAAGGUCCUGAAGGAUCCUAAAAGGCAGAAAAGACAGCUUGAUAGAAUGAAAAAAAUCUACCUAACGAGCAAUGGAGAUUUUUUCCUUACCUCGGAGGUUUUGCAGAAACUACACCUGAUGGAUGGUGAUCAGUGGAAUGUGUAUAACUUAAGACGCAUUCAACCUGAAGUAGUGAAACCUCUGCUUCUCUAUUGGGGUCCCCGAUUUUGUGUUACUCAUACCACUGCCAUACAGACUACAAGUACCAAGUUGAAAAUCUGGCAUUCUCGGCAACAGAAACCACGGAUGGAUGUGGAUCCUUUCCCACAGAUGGUGUCAUUGUUACCACUGAGAGCUAAAUCUUGUAUGCCAAAAAUAGCACAUACAAAUGAUCAGGGAGGUGAGAUCGGGUUACCACCCUCUCUGUCAAAAGGAACUGUGGUCAAUAUACAUUUCCAGAGGCCUCCCCGGCUAUUAUCAGCAGUCUUGCCACGGAGUCAAAGUGCUGUUCAGGAAGAUCGUGAUGCCUUAUUCAAUUUGGGAGAUAGUAACAGAAAUCGGCCAGCAACAGUGUGCAGCAAUGUGACAACAUUUACCGACAAAUUUGAUUAUCUGAAGCCACAGCUAGAUAGAAAGUACACCUAUGCAGAAAUGAUCCCAGGUAAAAUGUCCCCAGACAUUUCUGAACUAGGCAGUUCCAAGAUGGAAAGAAUGCUGCAGUCCCUUAACACAGAGAACAGAGCAGGGUACAUCUUCACUCAGUUCUGCGAGAUGUCAGGAAAUGAGAUGUGGAAGAACAGUGUGUAUUUCUGGUUUGACCUGCAGGAUUAUCAUCAACUUUUCUAUCAAGAAACCCUCCAUCCUUUCAAACUAUGCAAGCAAGCUCAAUUCCUUUAUGCCAAUUACAUUGCUCCUUCUGCUGCUAUGGAUAUUGGGCUACAACAGAGUACAAAAAAUGUGAUUCACCACCAAAUUGAUCCACCAUUUGAGGAUCUUUUUGACCCAGCAGAAGAACACAUCCUCACACUUCUCUUGGUACCAUGGAUGAAGAUGGUGGAACAAGACAGAGAUACUUAUGGGAAGGUGGAGCUGGUGGAAGAAACUCGACAGCUGGACUCAGUGUACUUUAGAAAGUUGCAGGCUUUGCAUGAAGAGAGAAUUUCCAAGAAGGGUGAGGUUUUGGCUGUUGAAAAAGACAAGGUCCCAUGGCAUCCUGAUUCGAUAGAACGCCCAAGUCAAGUCCUCUCCAAAGAAACUAUGUCAUACAGCAUUAAUGACUUGUUAAGCAACAGGCUGAAUUUGGAACAGUUCCGAUUCUUUCUUGAACAGCAGUCUGCAAGCACUGACCUCCUGUGCUGGAUAGACAUUGAACAGUUCAGGAGGAUGCUCCACAAAAAUAAAGAACAAAGAGAGAAAAAAGCUAAGGACAUUAAAAAUAAAUAUCUAAAUAAGAAAUACUUCUUUGGACCUGACAGCCCAGCUACAAAAGAGGAACAAGAGCAGAUAAUGAAAUUAGGUGGAGGCUGGGGACAGCUACUUCAUGAACAAGUUCUUCCUGUGAUCUUGCUAGAGAUCCAAAAACAUAUCCAGAUGAGACUAGAGAAAAAGUGGCUGCCACUAUUUUAUGCAAGCGAAGAGCCAGGGCCGCUAAAAAAACCAAAGCCACACCUACAAGAUGCAGCAGAAGAUAUCUUAAUUCAAAGACUUGAGAAGAAAACAGAGCCAUGGAAGACAAGCUAUCAUGUGGACAAUAAGUGGGUUUCUUCAUCUAGGGAAAUAAUUACUUUCCGCAAAGCCCUGUUGAAUCCCAUCACAGCCUUACAGUUUCAGCGCUUUGUGUCCCUGAAAGGAGAUUUACUGGAGAACGGAGUGAUCUUCUGGCAAGAGGUCCAGAAAUAUAAGGACAUGUGCCAUUCCCAUUGUGAUGAUGCCAUUAUCCAGAAUAAGAUCACAACCAUUAUCAACUGCUUCAUUAAUUCUGCCAUUCCACCGGCGAUUCAGAUCGACAUACCUGAGGAGCAAGCCCAGAAGAUUAUUGAACACAGGAGAGAGCUAGGCCCUUACGUGUUUAGAGAGGCACAGAUGACUGUUUUUGCUCUUCUGUUUAAAUUUUGGCCAAAAUUUUGUGAAUUCCGAGGCAAUUUGGCUGAUGAGAAGAUUUUGCCUCUUCUGGAAAAGCGAAAAGAAAAGAGGCUGCUGAAACUGAAAAGAGCAAGACAAGCAGAAGAGAAGGCACAAAUGAAGAAAUCUGUAACGUCUCAGAAGCCAGAUGGGGGUGUUGAGUCUAUAAUGAGUAAAAGUGAACUUUCGUUUACACCAAGCUUUUCUGGAUAUGGGCGACAGAUGUCCUGGACUUAUUCAAAGUACAUAGAAGCUCUCCAGCAGGAAAGAGUUCUCCUGAAGAUUCAAGAUGAUCUAGAUAAAAAAUCAAUAGCAUCAUCACAUUAUUCAGGUCUCUCAACCCUUUUCACACUGAAGAGUGAUCACCCAAAGGUCCCAGAAAAACCCGGUCGGCUAUCAACCUUCACAUCAGCGUUUGUAAAGCAACACCAUCCAUACCAACCCAAAGAGAAUGGAAGUAUGUCUCAAGGGAGUUAA